CACAUACUUCCCGAAUAGACGGGGGUAGCAAAAGGAGACUACUCCAUGCCCUUUUCGUUCCUGGCAACCCCCGAUCGUCGUUGGGUUUCUCCUCCUUCUCGAAGAUGAACGGCGGACCCUCUGGGUUUCACAAUGCUCCCGUUACGAGGACCUUCGUCAUCGCGAGCGCUCUCCUCACAAUCUUAUUUGGGGCUCAGGGUCGUUCUCCACGGCUCGGAUUAUCGUCUCAGGAUAUUAUCCCAAAAUUCCGCCUUUGGAGGUUCAUUCCUUCAGUGUUUGCUUUUUCUUCAACACCAGAGUUGAUGUUUGGACUAUAUUUGCUCUAUUAUUUCAGGGUAUUUGAGAGACAGAUAGGCUCUAAUAAACACUCAAUUUUCAUAUUAUUUUCUCUGAUAGUGUCAUCAGUUUUUGAGAUCCUGGCUUUGGUGUACCUGAAAGAUCCCUCCUUGAAUACAUUGGUAUCUGGACCAUAUGGUCUUAUAUUUGCUGCCUUUGUACCUUUCUAUUUUGACAUUCCAGUUUCAUCACGAUUUCGUAUAUUUGGGUUAAACUUCACUGACAAGUCAUUUAUAUAUCUGGCAGGUCUUCAGCUACUCUUUUCAUCCUGGAAAAGAUCUAUUGUACCUGGCAUAUGUGGCAUACUUGCUGGAUCCUUAUAUCGGCUCAAUGCAUUUGGCAUCCGUAAGAUGAAGUUUCCAGACAUUGUAACAUCAUUUUUCUCAAGAUUGUCAUGGCCCUCCUCGAGUAGUUCAUCACAAACAUUAUCAAGUGGGAACAGUAUAGGAAAUAUACCAUCUUAUCCUUCUCGUCACAUGGAGGGAAACUAUCCUUCUGCAGCCCGGACUUCUGUUGCAGAGGCAUCAGAAACUUCUGUUGCCACUUUGGUGUCCAUGGGAUUUGACAGCAAUUCUGCCAGACAGGCGCUGAUACAUGCUGGAAAUGAUAUCAAUGUGGCCACUAACAUCCUUCUUGAAGCACAGUCUCAAUAGUGUUAUUUGUCAGGAAGUGAAAGCUUCGAGAAUGUACCAUUCCAAAACUGCCUAGCUGCACCGCAGUCCUGACAUCUCAGCAUAAUGAGUGAACUGGUCCCAUACGCAUGUGUCUCUGAGCUUAACACUGCAUGAAUGGUGAUCAACUCCAUCCUGGUUUCAGUGUUGGUGUUUACAGAUGCUAAAAGCCAAGUCUUUGAUGGAGAUGAGAAUAGGUUUCUCCCCAUUUUAAAGGUUGUGAUCUGAUGUUUUGUGCUUUUGAGAUAAAACAAAGGGUGUGCUUACAAACCAGCAUCAUAUGAACGCAUGAAUGGUUAGAUGUUCUUGCUAAAGAAGGCAAUAUGGUAGCUCUGAUCUUUAGAGCUUAUAGUUUAGCUGAACAAAUCGUAGUUGUCAUAGCACAAUUCUUUGAUGAGUGAUAGUAUGUUUAAUAGACCACUUAAUAUUCCAAAUUGGUGAAAGUUAACCAUUAGUCAUCAUGUUU